AUGUCGUCCGACGAAGCAUCUGCAGAAGCAUUGGCUCAAGAAGACAUCAAGCAGAUUACAUUGAGAAUUAAGCUUCCCGCUUGUAUUUCCAAUGAAGAAGACUUAGAAGUUCCGUCAUUGUUGAACGAAACGUUAGCUGAUAUAAGGGAAACGUUGAAUCUUUCGGCUGCUACACAGAACUUGACUAAUUUUAAUGUUUUCUACCAGGACAUAAAUCUUAGUGAAAAUUUCGAUGAUUUGGUUCCAUUGAAGGACAUUUUGAUCGAAUUGGGUAUUGGCGAAAUCAAUCUGUUGAAUUUGGUAUUGAAGGAAAAACCUUACAAUUUGGCCGCUAUUUAUGAUCACUUGAACAAGUUUAGAGAGGUUAUUGGCUUACAUUUCCUUGACAAGUACAGUUCUGAAGUUGGCGUUUUGAGUGGUGUUUCCAAGUUUGGGGACCUUGACUUGCAAGAUGUUAAAGAGACGGAACCGGAAGCUCAAGAUAAUAAAGAUAAAGAAAAUGAUGAAACUAAGAGUACCAAGGAAGAUUCUGAACAAACCGAAGAGAAGAAACCAGAGAUUGUGUUCACAGCUGAAGAAAAGCAGCAAAUAGGCAAAAUCACUGAUGAGUUGAUUUCUGGAAAUACUCCUAGCUUGGUUGAAUUUGGGACGUUUGAUAACAUCAGCGGUAGUAUUAAGACACCAAUUAAAUCGUUGACUGUUUCUCAGUGGUCUCCUGUUCCUUCAUUCCAGAAACUCAAAGGUGACUUGUUAUAUAUUACGUUGCAAACCUUAGAAAACGAAACUUUUCAUAUUACUUGCCAUCUUUCAGGGUUUUUCGUUAACAAAUCUUCUACAAUUAACUUUAACCCAGCCAUUAAAAUGAAUGAAAAUGGUAAAGUUAAUAAGGAUUAUUUGUUAAUUAAUUUGGUUGAUUCAUUGUCACCUUCUUUUAGUAAAACAAUUCAAGAAAAUGAAUUAGUAUUAUCAAGAUCCAGCAAACAUCCUGAAUCUUUCUUGAUCCCUUCAAACUCUUUAAUGUCAAGUCCUUGGAUUGUUAACCCAUCUAAGUUUGCUAACCAACCGGAUGCUUCGAGGUCACAAUUACCUUUGAUCUCAAACGGAGUUGACGGAUCAGGAUUCGUUAAAGAAUGGAAUGAAGAUUUUCAAGCUAUUCGUGAAUUACCAAACUCUACCAUUAAUGAAAGAAUUUUAAGAGAGAAAUUAUUAAUCAAAUCGUUACAUGAAUUUAAUAAGGUGGCCACUGAAACUGCUAUGAAUGUUAUCAAAGGAAACUUAACGCCAUUGAAUCCAAAUGAACAGAAAGAUUAUCAUAUUUAUUUGAGAAAUGGAAUUUUUUACUCAUUAGGUGUAAAUGCUACUGGAGCAUUUGAUUCUACUGGUGGUAAUGAAGCAGCAAGAUAUACUUCGAGUAAAGAUUUAGCAGCCAUUAAACUUUUGAAUAGAAUCGAUGCGAGGGGUAUUUAUAAUUUAGUUACUUGUAUCGUUGAUUAUAUGGGUCAAAGAGUUAUAUGUCAAGCACCUGUUCCAGGUAUUUUAGAUUCCAGUCAUGAAGAUGAAAAUGAGGAAGAAGCAACGGAUAAGGUUUGCUACGGUUUAUCUACAGAUGGCUCAAGGAUAUUUAGUGACUCUUCUUUCGAAGAUGUAUUAAAACCUAUUGCCGAGGCAUUCCAUUUAAAGCCACAUCCAGUUACCUUACUUGAUAACGUGAAAUCACAAGGCGAUUUAAUUACUUCGAAAGACAUAAAGGGUGUUAAAGGUACUGAUGAGCGUAAAUAUAUUAUUGAUUUAUACAGAGCUACUCCUCUUGAUAUUGAGUUUAUCGAAUCUUACUGGGAUGAAUCUAAAGAAACAUCUUAUCCUCAUAGAGAAACUGCUUUAAGACAUGAGGCGGUUGAAGAAUGGUGGAAACGUAAGGUCUCUGUAUUAUUCAAGGCCGAAACAGAACGCUUAGAAAAGGAAGGGAAAUUGGAAUCUAAAGACGGUGAAAAACCCCAGAUUGUACUUCCUUCUGAUCAGAUUACUAUUAACACUGAUGCUUUUACGACAAUUGAUGAAAGCUCUGAUGAUCAAAAUGAAGUUAGAGAAAUUUCUAAGUUUGUCAAAGAGCAUUUGAUUGAAGAAUUUUUAGAAGAAAAUUCAAAACAAAUAUCUCCUUUUGAUGGUAAUCACUUAACCUCAAUGUUACAUAAGCAAGGUAUUAAUUUAAGAUACUUAGGUUAUAUUGCUGAACAAGCUUGUGUUAGAAAAGAUGAACACUUGAAGAAAAUUGCUGAAGCGAAAAAAGCAAACGAGGAGGAAAUUUCCAAGAGAAAGGAAGAAUCUGAAAAGAAAGCAGCCGAAGCAAAAGAUCAAGAUAAAGAAGAAGAAAAGACUGAUGAUAAUGAGAAAGAUGACAAAGAAGAAGCCUCAAAUGGUGAAUUUGAACCAAUCGUUGCGAACUUUGAUUCUCUUUAUAGAAUUUCUGUUCAAGAGAUGGUUGCUAGAUCUGUGAAGCAUUUAUUGCGUAAGAUUUCUGCUGAUAUUCCAGUUUACUUAAUUCCAGCCUUUGUUUCCCAUUUCCAUAAUUGUUUGUUGGGAAGCGAUAUUAAUUCAAGCCCAGAAUGCAUAAUCGAUGAGACUUUAAAGGGUUUCUACAAUGCGACUGAAUUAGAAUUUACUAAAUUGGACAGUAACAAAGUUAUUUCAUUAGUUGCGAAUGAAGUUUUGAUUCGUUUCAGAUAUGAAUUACCAACCAAUUGGAUUUCGACCUUAAUCAAACCACUUCAAUUAUUUAGAGAAAUUGCAAUUAAAUAUGGUAUUCAAUGGAAAUCCCAAGAAUAUGCGUUCACCAAAGAAGAAUUUGAAAAGGUUAAAGAUAAGUUAGCUGUAGAGACACAAGUCUUCGAAGCUAAAACUUCUAAGCAUAAGAAAAAUAAGAAACAACAAUCUAAGCUUACAACAAAAUCUGUUGACCGUACUACGAUUUUCGUUACAGAUGAUAUUAUUAAUUUUGUACCAAUCGUGAAGGAUUCGACCUAUAAAUCAAGUCUCGUUGAUGAAAUAUUUGAAACUGCUAGAGCACAAAUUUUCAAAGGUGAAAAUGAAACCGGAAUCAACUUAUUGAAUAACUUGUUGUCUGUUUACGAACAAAUUUACGGCAGAGUUCAUCCAGAAACAAGCAAAUUCUAUGGGUUAUUAUCUCAAUAUUAUGCAGAAUUGGGUUUAAAGAGUGAAGCUUGUAAUAUUGCCCGUAAGGCUUGUAUUUUAGCUGAAAGAACUACUGGUUUUGACUCCUAUGAAAGUAUUACUGCUUACAUCAAUUCAGCAUUCUUCGAAAGUACAAAUGAUGACUACAUAAAUGCCUUGAACUUGUAUAAUAAGGCUAUAAAUGACUGGACCCUUGUUUAUGGUGAUGGUCAUCCAUCCUCUGUCAACACGUAUGCUAACUUGGCUGAACUUUUGUCAGAACAUAAGUUAUACCAGCAAGCUAAUAAAUUAUUUGAAAAGGCUAUUUCCAUUUCGACUAAAUUAAAUGGAGAGGAAUCUCAAAUCUGUGGUAUGCUUAGAUACAGAUACGGUGGUACUUUAUUAGGAGGUGGUGAUUUUAAAUCUGCUUUAGAUCAGUUUAAGUCAGCCAAUGAUAUCUUCACUAAAUUCAUUGGUCCUGAUGACCAACUUUCAAAGAAAUCUUUAAGUUUUGUCACCAAUAUAUCUACUUAUUUGGCUUACAAUGAGCAUCAAAAGUCGGAACAAAAGAAAGCUCUUGCUCAACAGGCAAGCGCAUCUAAUGGAAAAAUCAAAGCAAAAUCUGCUGUUGAACAACAAUUGAAGAGCAGUAAGAAGGGAAAGAAAAAUGAUGCAACUCAACCUAAUCCUGAAAUAGCUUCGAAAUCUGUUGAUGAUAUCUUGCAAUAUAUUGAAGGAAAGAACCCUAAAAAGCAAUUAAAGAAAAAAACAAGUAAUAAAAAAUCCAAAAAAUGA